AGGUGGAAAAAGACAUUUAACCGUAUUUUCCGCGAACGUUGCUAAGCUUUUUGUUAUCGAACGACGAAGCGGAAAUAAUAAUAUAAACGAAAAUAUGGUAGUUUCGGUGAAAGUUUUUAAAAAGGCUACGCCAAACGGUAAAGUCACAUUUUAUUUGGGGAGACGAGAUUUUAUUGAUCAUUUGGAUUACUGCGAUCCUGUGGAUGGUGUUGUGGUCGUAGAUCCUGAUUACUUGAAAAAUCGUCGUGUUUUCGGGCAAUUGGUUACGACAUAUCGUUAUGGGCGCGAAGAAGAUGAAGUAAUGGGUGUUAAAUUUUCCAAGGAAUUAAUAUUAUGUCGGGAACAAAUUGUACCUAUCAUCAAUCCUAAUAUGGAAAUGACACCCAUGCAAGAAAAAUUAGUACGAAAGUUGGGUCAAAAUGCUCAUCCUUUCACUUUUCAUUUUCCUCCGAAUUCACCAAGCUCCGUAACACUGCAACAAGAUGGUGAUGAUCAUGGCAAACCUUUGGGUGUGGAAUAUAAUAUACGAGCCUACGUGGCCGACUCGGAAGACGAUCGUCAACACAAACGUAGCAUGGUCAGUUUGGUAAUUAAAAAAUUGCAAUAUGCUCCUCCUAAUCGUGGCCAACGAUUACCGAGUUCUUUGGUUAGCAAGGGUUUCACUUUUUCGAAUGGUAAAAUCACUUUGGAAGUGACAUUGGAUCGCGAAAUUUACUAUCAUGGUGAGAAAGUAGCCGCGACCGUGCAGAUAACCAAUAAUUCGAAGAAAUCGGUGAAGCUAAUCAAGUGUUAUAUUGUCCAACACACGGAAAUUACUAUGGUGAAUGCUCAAUUUAGUAAACAUGUAGCUCAAUUGGAAACCAAGGAAGGAUGUCCUAUAACACCAGGUGCCAACCUAUCGAAAACAUUCUAUUUAAUACCGUUGGCUGCCAACAAUAAAGAUCGUCAUGGUAUUGCUUUGGAUGGACAUUUGAAAGAUGAAGACGUUAACUUGGCUUCCUCGACUCUGGUUCAAGAGGGCAAGUCUACAGGCGAUGCGUGCGGUAUCGUAAUAUCAUAUUCGGUCCGUAUUAAACUAAAUUGUGGUACCUUGGGUGGUGAAAUGCAAACUGAUGUGCCCUUCAAAUUACUACAACCAGCUCCAGGUUCCGUGGAAAAGAAACGUUCGAAUGCCAUGAAGAAAAUGAAAUCAAUUGAACAGCAUCGCAACGUUAAAGGUUACUAUCAAGAUGAUGAUGACAAUAUUGUCUUUGAAGAUUUCGCUAAAAUGCGUAUGAAUAACGUCGAUAUGAUGGAUUAAGUUCCAAAACAUAUCAAUGCUAACAAUUACGGUUCCCAUUUAAAUAUAUCCUUUUUAAAAAUGCUUUUAAAAGCGGCUCGUGUAAGGAAAGGUACAGAUAUUGGACACGAUUUUCAUCUAUUGCGUAUUAUAAAUGCGUUAAUAAAAUAACUUUUAAAAUUUACAACACAAAAUGAA